GAGUUUAAUUUCUCCCAAAAUAAGACUUCAGUCCUCGAAUUUCUUGCGUCUCAUAAUUCUUUUUCCCGAAUUUCUGUGUUCAAUCGCGGGAAAAUAUGCCGCCGAAGCAACAGAAGCGAAUUCCGGCGACCGCUGAAGUUGUCGACCUCGACAGUAGCGACGAAGAAGGCGGCGGAGCUCCAGCGAACUGCAAACCUGCUAAUAGCGAGAAAUUGCAAGCGAAGCCACCUGGUAUUGGCGCAGCUCAGCCGGCCUCGGCCGCCAACAGUGGCGACGUGUCGGCGGUGAAUAAUCGGUCAAUUGAAAAUCGAAGUUUCUGGAAAGCCGGAGCUUAUGAAAUUGGCACCACGAAAUCUACUCUAAUACAAGGUGAUCUGGAGCAUGCACGUGUUCAUCCCAAGUUUCUACACUCUAACGCCACCUCUCACAAAUGGGCAUUCGGAGCUAUUGCUGAGCUAUUGGACAAUGCUGUGGAUGAGAUAGAAAAUGGUGCAACUUUUGUGAAGGUAGACCGGAUUUAUAACACAAAGGAUAAUAGUCCUGCCUUACUUUUCCAAGAUGAUGGGGGUGGAAUGGAUCCAGAAAGGAUGCGGAAGUGUAUGAGCUUGGGUUACUCAUCAAAGACAUCUAAUACAACUAUUGGGCAAUAUGGUAAUGGAUUCAAAACAAGUACCAUGCGACUAGGAGCUGAUGUGAUUGUUUUUAGUCGUUCAAAUCGAUCUGGUCGAGCAACCCAAAGUAUUGGUCUUUUGUCCUAUACAUUUUUGCGGAGAACGGGACAAGAUGACGUGAUUGUUCCAAUGAUUGACUUUGAUAUUUCAGACAACUGGGCCGAACCUAUAAUCUAUAGCUCUAAGGAUGAUUGGUCCAUUAACUUGAAAACCAUCCUCGAAUGGUCUCCCUUUGCUUCAAAGGAUGAUCUUAUGCUACAGUUCGGGAAUUUGGGUUCACACGGGACAAAGGUUAUCAUCUAUAACCUAUGGAUGAAUGAUGAAGGCAUUUAUGAAUUGAAUUUUGAUGAUGAUCAUGAGGAUAUAAGGUUGAGAGAUGAAGCUAACCAUGGAACUACAACCAAAACAAUCAAGAAAGUUCUUGAACUGAAAUCUCAUUUAUCAUACCGCAUUCGCUUCUCGCUAAGGGCAUAUGCAUCAAUAUUGUACCUCAAAAAAUUUACUAACUUCAAAAUAAUUUUAAGAGGGAAGCCCAUUGAGCAGUUUAGCAUUGCUGAUGACUUGAAGCACACUAAGACAGUUGUGUACAACCCGCACGUUGGCCAGGGCCUGAAAGAGGUGACAGUGAAGACCGUCAUUGGCUACAUUCAAGAAGCUCCGGCGCUUGGAGUUUGUGGAUUCAAUAUAUACCACAAAAAUCGUCUGAUCAGGCCCUAUUGGAAAGUCACCCCAGAUGGCAAUUCCAGAGGACAUGGUGUUGUUGGAGUUCUUGAGGCAAACUUCAUAGAACCAGCACAUGACAAACAGGAUUUUGAGAGAUCAACUCUGUUUCUUAAGCUGGAGUCAAAGUUGAAACAGAUGGUUAAUGAAUACUGGAAAGGUCACUGUCACUUGGUAGGGCACCACCAACCUCUACCUGACGGGAGGAAGAGUUAUGAUGUUAGUGGAAAUGCAUACAGAAAUAGUGCCAAUCACAAAGCGGCAACUGCUGGGACUGAGGCGUGUGCUCAACCAGAAAAACUUCUAAAUGCUGCAGCACUCAAUGCGAUAUACGAUGAGAACAUCCAGCUGUUCAUGAGGUGCGAGGAGUACAAGAAGAAGCAAGCUGAAAUGACUCAAACGAUAGAAGAACUAGAGAAGGAGUUGGAUGAAACAAGAAAGAAAUGUGCUAGAGUUUCCUCUCAUUUGGGAAUUCAGAGAAAGGAAACGCUUAAACAGCAGCAAUAGUGAACUAGCUUUCUUUUGCCAUUGCACUUGUUGUAUCAUAAUAUGUGGUAAUAGAGAUCCAUUAACUUUUCAAUGUCUCAUAUUAGGUUUAGAGGGUGUUUUGUUGAGCUUAUAAGCUCUUUAAAACAGCUUAUAAACUGUCCUUCAAAGUGUUUGGCAAAAUAAGCUCUUAAACAACUUAUCAGCUGUUAGAUAAGCUCUAAGAGUUUAUAAUCUCUCCAAAAAAUAAGUUCCUCUAUCCUAACUUGUUUUCUCAUUAUUUUAUAGGCAAUAUUCAUUUUACAAAAA